AUGUCAAGUAAUUCAAGUUCAUCUUGUUUGAAAAAGUCAAAAGCAAAGGAAAGACAACCCGAUCUUCGUGAAUUAUUGUUUAAAAGAAUGAAAUCCCAACAAACAUCUAACGAAGGCAAUGAAUCUUCUCCUUUAAGUUCCCCUCUAAGUCCUCCUUUAAGUUCCCCUCCAAGUGAAGAUGUUAAUAUGGAAGUAGGUGGUUCAAGUAGUUGUGAUGAACCAUUGGAUGAUGAAUGGGUGUAUGAUGUUGAACUUCUUCCUCAUGACCCGGGAUUGAGGAAAAACAUAAUGGAUUAUCCCCCUAAUGAAAGAAAUCCGGUUAGGAGAGCAUAUAUUCUUAAAAAACCUUGCCAACCAAAAACUCAUAUUCGUUUGAAUGCAUCCUUAACUUGUUUGAGAUUUCUUUUGGGCCAAGGUUUGGCAUUCCGAGGACAUGAUGAAAGUGAGGAGUCAUAUAGUAGAGGUAACUUUCUUGAGCUUUUGAAGUGGUUGGGGGGGAAGGUUGAGGAAAUAGGAAAAUAUACUUUCCAAAAUGCACCCAAAAAUUGUCAAUUAACAUCUCCCAAAAUUCAAAAAGACAUUAUCACUUGUUGUGCAAAAGAGACUACUAAGCGCAUAAUAGAAGAGGUUGGUGAUGGUUACUUUUCUAUUUUGGCCGAUGAAUCAAGUGAUGUGUCUCAAAAAGAACAACUAGCUCUUGUUUUGCGGUUUGUUAAUAGAGAAAAUGGAUCGGUAGUGGAACGCUUUUUAGGCAUUCUACAUGUGGGUGAUACUACCGCUUUGUCUCUUAAAAAUGCCAUUAUGUCCUUGCUUAUGGAACAUUCAUUGAGUCCUUCCAUGAUAAGAGGUCAAGGGUAUGAUGGGGCAAGUAACAUGAGGGGUGAAAUCAAUGGCCUCAAGACUUUGAUUAUGAAUGAUACUCCAAGAGCCUAUUACAUUCAUUGUUUUGCUCAUCAACUUCAACUAACUCUAGUUGCGGUUGCUAAAAAGAAUUUAAUUAGAAGAGACCUUAUUCGAAAAAACCAAGCUCAAGUAGUGGCUCAAGCUUUGGAAGUGGGGGAAAUUGAAAGUGGAUCGGGUUUGAAUCAAGAACGUGGUUUGAGUAGGCCGGGAGAUACACGUUGGGGAUCUCAUUACAAGUGUCUAAUAAGUAUCAUCAACUUGUUUCCUUCAAUUGUUAAAGUGCUUGAGGAGAUUGGAGAAAAUGGCUCUCCGGAUGAUAAGCUCAAAGCUCAAAUGAGGGAUCAAGGAUGGGAUAGUCUCUUAGACAAAGUCAUUUUAUUUUGUACUAAACACGAGAUUGAUGUUCCAUCUAUGGAUGCUCAAUAUGUACCUCAAGGAAGAUCAAGACGUUUUGCUAAACAAGCAACAAAUCUACAUCAUUUUCGCGUUGACAUUUUUUUGGAAGUAAUUGAUUUGCAUCUUCAAGAGAUUGAUAACCGUUUUAAUGAGAAGAACAUGGAGUUACUUACAUGCAUGGCUUCCCUGAGUCCUAGAGGUAACUUUUCAUCUUUUGAUAAAGAGAGGAUACUUAAACUUGCUUCUUUAUAUCCCGAAGAGUUUUCAUGUUUUGAUUUAACGGCUCUUGAUCUUCAACUUGAUGUCUUCUUGGAUUCUAUGCAAAAUGAUGAAAGAUUUCAUGAUUUGCAAGAUAUCAAUUCUCUUUCCAUGAUGCUUUUCUCUAUAGCUACCAAUCUAUAUGAUAUGAAGGCAAAGGUGAAAAAGAUUCACGCGAUUAGUUGCAUUGGCAAUCUAUACAUCACUCAUUAUGACCUAAAUUCUUACUGA